CCUCUUGUUCAGCGAAGUGAAGAGCAACCACCGCAAACCUACUCCACACAGUGUAGCUGUCUCUCUCUCUCUCUCUACAAUAGAACCAAAGCUGUCCAUGACAAAGAUAUGGGAGCUGAUUCUUGAUGGUCCGACCAAGAUUCCGCCCUGUCCAACCGAACACAAGUGGACAGUAUUUUGCGGCUCUGCUCCUCUUGGUUGGCAUCUUCCCAGAAAUCCUCACCCACUCCAUUCGUCUUCACUCAUCUGCCUAUUCAGAUAACCACCAUCCUCCAUUAAAACAAAGACUUGGAUUGUUUUUGCAGAGCCCCAUCGACAUGCCGGGAGAUGAUAAUGGAUUGCCUGAGUCGCAACAUGCUGUGCCUCCUUAUGAAGAGGCAUUGAUUGCUCUGUCAUCUUUGAUCACUAAAAAGACCCGUGCUGAUAAGAGCAACAAGGGUGACCAAUUUGAUGUCAUGUUUGAUUAUCUGAAGAUUCUGGAGCUGGAUGGGCAGAUCUCCCAGAUAAAGGUUAUUCAUGUUGCUGGAACCAAAGGAAAGGGAUCUACAUGCACUUUUACGGAGUCUAUACUGCGGAAUUGUGGAUUCCACACUGGGCUUUUCACAUCUCCUCACCUCAUUGAUGUCCGAGAAAGAUUUCGGUUAGAUGGGAUGGACAUAUCUGAAGGGAAGUUUUUAGCAUACUUCUGGUGGUGUUGGAAUAGAUUGAAGGAUCUUCAGGCAAAGAGGACAAUUAGUAGCGGGCUUGAGCAGGAAAAGACAAAUGAAGAUGUCCCUAUGCCUACAUAUUUUCGAUUCCUGGCUUUGCUAGCAUUCAAAAUUUUUGUAGCUGAACAGGUAGAUGUUGCAAUUUUGGAGGUUGGGUUAGGAGGAAAAUUUGACCCAACAAAUGUGGUACAGGCACCAAUUGUGUGUGGAAUAUCUUCACUUGGUUAUGACCACAUGGAAAUUCUUGGGCAUACCCUUGGAGAUAUUGCCGGGGAGAAGGCUGGUAUCUUGAAGCAUGGAGUUCCUGCCUUUACUGUAUCACAACCUGAUGAAGCAAUGGCUGUACUAAAGAAGAAGGCUUCUGAGUUGGAUGUACCACUUCAAAUAGUAAUGCCAUUGGACAUCAGCUUGCUGAAUGGUCUAGAACUUGGACUUGUAGGUGAGCAUCAAUACAUAAAUGCAGGUCUUGCCAUUGCUUUAUGUCGUACCUGGCUUCAGAAGACUGGUCAUCUAGAAGGCACGUAUCUAGAUCAGCCUAGCUCUCUGCCAGAACAGUUUGUAAGAGGUCUUACAACAGCCAGUUUGCAAGGGCGAGCACAAAUCAUCAUUGAUCCAUGCAUAAGAUCAGGGGAUCUGGUUUUCUAUUUGGAUGGAGCCCACAGCCCAGAAAGCAUGGAAGUGUGCGCAAAGUGGUUUUGUCACACCAUCAAGGACAAUGUCCAACGGCAGAAUUCCUUGGAGGAAAAUCCCCAAGAUGCAGUCACCGAGGAAAACUUUGCACCAAUACUGUUGUUCAAUUGCAUGUCAGUACGGGACCCCCAGCUACUUCUUCCACGCCUUAUAAAUACCUGUUCUCAUCAUGGAGUCCACUUCCAGAAGGCCCUAUUUGUGCCCAAUAUGUCAGUAUAUAACAAAGUGGGGACCUAUGCUUUACCAUCAAAUGAUCCUCAAGUUGAUUUAUCAUGGCAGCUGACACUACAGAAGCUGUGGAAUGGUCUUAUCCAUGGUGACAAAGGCAGAACUUUUGCAAGUACAGAUGAUCAAUCCACAAGUUCUAUCCAUGAAGAAGUUAAGGAUAGUACAGAAAAGGAUGCCACCAGUUAUGAGAGCAGUUCGGUGUUUCCUUCUCUCCCGUCGGCUAUUAGAUGGCUAAGAGAUAGUGUUCAACAGAAUCGAUCUGUUCGUUUUCAGGUCCUAGUAACUGGUUCUUUACACCUGGUGGGAGAUGUAUUGAGGUUGAUCAGGCGGUGAGGCGUUUUCUUCCCAUUUAAUGUGAUGGUGCACAUGCAACAGUGAUGGAUAACUUCUUUUCCCAGAGCUUUCCUGAUGAUUAUGAAUUCUCUUACAGUUGAAGCAUAAUCAGGUGCUAUGCUGGAGGUUUGGAGCAACUCCCAGAGAGACUAUAUAACUUGAUUACAGAAACAUGUUCAUUCAUGAUUAAAGAAACAUGGUCAUUUUCUAUAAAUGGUUAAUGUUAUGAUGGUUUCACCAGUUCAUAGAAAAUGCUGAUUUCCUUCUAUUUCCUCUUCUCCAUUAACUGUGUCUUUUGAACAAAAUAUUGCAGUUCAAAGUUCAAUACAUAGAUUCUUGUUCAAACAA